AGAGCGCGGUCAUUGAUUCCAGAGUGAGCAGUCUCCUCUCCUCUCCGCUCUGUUAGGGUUGCAGAGAGAAACUGGAAAGGAGAGAUUAGAAGAGGAGAAGUCUCCGCUGAUUCUGUUUGUUUAAAGGCAUUCCUCUCUCUCUCUCUCUCUCUCUCUCUCUCUCUCUCUCUCUCUCUCUCUCUCUCUCUCUCUCUCUCUCUCUCUCUCUCUCUCCCUCCGGUACCCUGUUCAAGAGUGAAUAUCACAGUCUAAGACAUAGGACCAUGACUGGGGAACUGAGGCCAAGUCGCCCAAAGGCAGGAACCAAGAGAGCCAGCAGUGAGGCCUUCGGAUCUGACUAUGACCUGGAGUAUGACAGCUAUCCAGAUGACCUCUACAACAGGGUGUUUGACUACCAGCGUGUCCCAGCCUCCAUGAUGCCAGUCCCAGUGGAGCCCAGCCCUAUAAAACGUUCCCGUGUCCCCUCUUCCUCCUCCGGCCUGCACCGCUCCAGAGACAGACCUCAGGGCAAGAGGAGCGCCCCGCGCACCGGCUCUUCCAGCACCAGGGCUAAGUUGAAGAUGGCAGAGCUGUUGGCCAUAAAGAGGGAGUUGACUCUGAUCAAGGUGCAGAUUGAUGGACUGCUGGACAGUGUGGAAAAGAUGGACAGACAGAUAAAGGACCACUCAGAUUCACCUCCGACCGGGGAGGGCAGUGUUUCGGACUCAGUGAGCAGUCUGGACGACUCCCCUGUUAGCCUUCACCACAGACAGAGAGAGAGCCCAGAGCCAGGAGAGGCCAGCGAUGAUGACCACCUCCAACACAAUACCAGCACCACCACAGGAUAAAUAACCAUCACUCUGAUCUGGAAGAUAACAUGUGAAGAGAUCAGACUCAAUGAACCCAAUGACAGCAGCACAGCGAGAUGGAGAGGGAUUCAAGUGAAAGGAGGAGUGAUCAUCUCUGAUCACAGUCAACAUGGACAGAAUCCUCAAAUAUACUGUACCUUAAAAAAAUUGGAUCUUAAGUGAAUCUUUUCGUUUGAUGAAUAGGAAAUAUUUCCCUGGUUACCCUCAGUUCCUUUCUCACAGUCAGCUUCUGUCCACCUUCGUGUCUCCAGCUCUCCUUUGCAACAGGUUCCUACUGACUUAUGGACUCAACAAAACAUGGCAGCUUUAAAAAAAAAAAAUGGUCGUCUCUUGAAGAAGGGGACUGACAACAUAUGUGCUUCACGCAGACAGACAGACAGACCCACAUUUACACAACUACAUUCGUAUUGUAAUACUGCCACUUAAUGUAUCCAGAUCACCACAGAAUAGGAAAAUGUAAUUUAUCAAUUGAUAUAAAAAGCCAUUCGAGAUUGACCAGGCAUAGGACUACAGUAUUAGGCAUCUACACUCCCUGUGUGUUCUCCUCUACUUUGCAUAUUUUUCUCAAGCAACUUCCCAUAGCUUCCACAUUAGUACUGUCAGUAGCUAGGUUUCCAUCCAAAUGGAACGAGAUUUUUAUGCGAAUAUUCUAAAAUCUUGUUGUUAAAUUCCCAU